ACAAUUUUGACUUAUUCUAAGUCGACGGGUUCUGGUCUGGAGUCUGAAACAGUCAGGGAAACUUCGCCGACAUCAUGCGCCGACAUUGCUGACGUUUUCACAGCAAGAAUGACCAAGUUCAACAAUAUAGUAAAGAAUGUUAUGUUUGCUGCUCUCGCCUGUAUUGUUCUAGCCUGCCUGGGAAUCUUGGUGAAGUAUUUCAUAUUGAAGGAAUGGAUACACGAGAAAUUACAGAUCAGACUUGGUUUUAUAUCUGCUGCCUUGGCUUUUUUCUCAGGUGCUCUGGCUAUAGUGGCGUUCGGUGUGUAUAACGUUGAGGUUAAAUAUGAAGGAUUUAGUCCCCAUGCCGGUUUUUAUCUGACUUUGACAACAGGAAUAUUAUCAUGGAUAUCUUCGGUUUUGUUUCUUUCGGGUAGCCUUUGUAUCGGAGCGAGAAUGUACCCGGAUAUGACGUCAUAGGUUUUGUUGAUAAAUAAGAAUUUCUUUC